AUGGAAAACUCGAUUGCCGAGAUGGCUCGUCUUCGCAAGUCCCGGAAGAAGUGGGCUGAGUUGACGGCUGCUCAAGUGUACGAAUCAAUGCAUAAUUGGUAUACUCCGAGGUUGGACCGUAUAGGUAGAUACGUCAGUCAGCGGGAUGCAGUGGAGAAGGCGGUGAUUAGGAUUCAAGUCGACGAGGCUCUUCUUUCCUAUGUCAGGAAAAUAAAGGGGGUCGAGCAGGAUUUUGAUGCGGUGGAGAAGAUGCUUGCGGCCCGGUUGCGGGAGAGUAAGGCCGCCGGAGACUUGGUCGAGGAUGACGAAGUUGAAGCUGAUGACUAUGCUCCGCCCUAA